GUAAAGCGUCGCGAACGGCCGUACGGCCGCGCUUCCGCACGCCCAGUGCCGCCUGCGGCUCGGAAGCUGCCCGCGGCCCCCGCGGGGCGGCGGGUGGUGGCGGGGGCGGGGGGCCGGUGGCUGCUGCGGGCAGGGCCGCAGCGCGCCUCGGGGCGGCUCCCGCCAUGCUGGCCGCUGCGUGGCUGGGCAGGGGGCUGUGGGGGCUGCUCGGCGGCGCGGGGCGGCGGCGGCCGGGCGGCGGCGGCGGAGCCAGGCCGCUGGCGAGCCGGCGCGGCGCGGAGGCCGAGGCGGCGGCCGGGCGCUGCCAGGGCAACGGCGGCGGCUUCUGCCUGGCGGCGGCGCGGCGCGGGGCGCCCGCGCUGUGUCACCCCCAUGGGGGGCUGCGCGCGCCCCAACGGCUGCUGCGCGCCCCCGCCGCCGCCGCCGCCGCCGCCGCCUGGAGCCUGCUGCGAGGCGGCCGCGCCGGGCCGUGGCGGUCGGGGAGCGGCGGGCCCGCGGCGCCGGGCCCCGCUGGGGAGCGGAGUGCGGCGGGGCGCUACCCCGAGCUGUAUGAGAACCCGUGGACCAUCCCGAACAUCCUGUCGAUGGCGAGAAUGGGUCUGGCGCCGGUUUUAGGCUACUUGAUUGCUGAGGAAAACUUCAACGUUGCACUCGGUGUCUUCGUUUUGGCUGGCGUUACGGACUUGUUGGAUGGAUUUAUUGCACGGAACUGGGCUAAUCAGAAAUCAGCUUUGGGAAGUGCUCUCGAUCCUCUGGCUGACAAAAUUCUCAUCAGUGUGCUCUAUGUGAGCCUAACUUGUGCACAUCUUAUCCCAGUUUCACUUACUUCCAUGAUUAUUCUGAGGGAUGUAGCGCUCAUUGCUACUUUUUUUUAUGUGCGAUACAGAACUCUUUCUCCACCGAGAACACUCAGUAGGUAUUUUAACCCCUGUUAUGCUACUGCCCACUUAAAACCAACAUUCAUUAGCAAGGUGAACACUGCAGUUCAGCUAAUAUUGGUGGCAGCUUCUUUAGCAGCUCCUGUUUUCAAUUAUGUGGACAGCAUAUAUCUGCAGACAUUAUGGUGCAUCACAGGUUUCACAACGAUAUCAUCUGCGUAUAGCUAUUACCACUAUGGCCGAAAAACGGUUCAGGUGAUAAAUAACAAAUGAAGUAUUACCGAAAGGACCGUGUCUUGGCAGCAUGGUUUGCUGUACUGCAGAAGAUGGUUGUAAUGACUGGGUUUGUGAUAAAGAACUCUGUUUUUCUGCUUAAACCAUGGCAUCACAAUGAAAUGAAGUUUGAAUAUGUACUGUGUGUAUAUAUAUAUAUAGAGAGAGAGGCUUUUCAAUGUAUUUUUAAUUUGUUUAAAAAUAAGGUUGUUUACAAAAAACAAAUAACCUGUCUUUAAGGAUGUGAUUUACUGGUUGCUACCAUGUGCAUUUCAAAUAAUUCUUACUGUUUUCAGACGUUAGAAAUAAGCACUUUUCACCAGCUUUUUUGGCAAGGCACUGAACAGACUGAGAUCGGAGUAGAAAAGGCAUUUUUAAGAACAACUUUGUGCCUCAACCUAAGUCAGUCAAGUGGCAUUGCUUGUUAGGACCUAUGACCUACUUCAGCUUGCUGCAGAAGACGACACAUCAUCAAGAAAUAGUAUCUUCAGAAAUUUGAACUGGAAUAAUAGCAAGUUUUACUUUAUAUUUUGUGGUGAUACAAAUAAUUCACAUAUAAGUUACACUCCCCCUUUUUUUCUUUUUAAAUAAGAGCAGAAGUUAAUGGUAGUCAUCAAAGAAGAGUCUGAGUCUCAGAAUAGUUAACUGUGCCAUGAUGAGUCUGUACCCCCAAUUAGAUAUGGAGGUAUGUUGCUCAUAUUAGACUAAUAAUUUCUAGUGAUUGAAAAAACAACUGUAUUUCUAGUUUCUUUCAAGCUUCUAAAGAUGCUGUUUAAUGCCAUUGGAGAAAAAGGACAUUUUAAAUACUGUCCAAAUUAAUGGAAGGGUUGGAAGAAACUUACAGAUGCACGUACUGUUAAUUUUUCCUGUACCUCUAGCUUAGAGGUGUACUGUGAUCCCACUCUGACCAUGACAACUCACAUGUGUUCUUUUCCUGUUCUCUAAUCACAGAAAAGUACAGAAUAAAGAACUAGGCAGAACAGAUCAUGUUGAUCAUAACUUGUUUUAUAAUUUAGAGCUACUUGUGAUAACUCUUGCAUGUCAUAGAAACGAGUGCAACUAUGAAGGGCUUAAAUAAUUAUAAUUGGGUGGUAUAUGAUACCACUAUAUUAGCAGAAGAAAAUUUAUUGUAGACAUCUCUUUUGAGAGCACACAGUCUCUUUUGUGACUGUAUAUGCUUGUAUAUACAGAACAUUUUAAUAAUUUUUAUAUUCAAACUUGUACAGAAUGGUGCACAGAAAAAGUGUUUGAUUUUUAUUAGUACCUGCUUCUUAGCUAUCUCCAUGUUUUGUGGGCUACCCUGCAUCUUACAUCAUAGGAUUUGCACUGUAUCCCUUUGAACUUCCCUUAAAAUAUCUGAGUAUUUCAUAGAACUGAAUACUGUUUCUUCAAGAGCCCAGUUCAGAACACAGAGAUGUACUGUAUCCAGUCAGGUCGUUCCUGUUUGGUUGGAUUUUCUGUUUUCUCUUUCUUAAAUCACAGGUAUCUUUGAAACAUUGUAUGAAACGUGCAGGCAAUGGGAAAAUACCGAUCAAUGAAGGAUCCGUGUUGGUGUGUGUUGGUACACCUGUCAUGACUUGUGUUGCUAAUAAGUUAAAUGUGUAAUUACUUGGCGGUAUCUGCCUAGAUAUUUGUGUUAAAUAAAAUUCUUCUAGAUGGUA